AUGCAAGGCUCUUUUUAAGUGAAGCAAGCUCUAGCUUACAUCUUGGCUUAACUUAAAGAUGUGGAUGAACAAACGAUUGGGGUCAUAUUAGAAAUAUUAAGAAAUAAAAAGGUUAGAGACUGCAUUGGAUUUCUAUUAGAUAUUGAGAAUUAGAGACAAUCAGAAGGAUAAAUUUUACAACAAGUUGGGAAUUUCACUCCAGCUGAUUCAGAAUAGAAAUUAUCUGUUUUUGGAAAUGACAUCAAAUUAAUUACAGAAGUAUUCAAAAAAUUAACCGAUCAUGACUUCAAUUACAAAGACUUUUCCACUGAAGAACGUGAAGAAUCAACACUAAGUCUAAUUUAAAGCAUCAAGGAUAAUAGAAGGAUCAUUAAAUUUUUGUAAUUUUUAGUUCAACUCACAUCCAUAGAUGAAACUUUUAUACAAUGUGGGUCUAAUUCAUUAUAUUUAUUAAUUUGGAUGAAGGUAGACCUCAGAAGCAAAAAUUUUGAAAAUAUUAAGAUCUAAAAUACCUCUUUGGUGGGGGCUAAUUUUUGUAGGUGUAAUUUUAGUGGAUCCUAAUUUAAUAAUGUAAAUAUAAAUGGAAUGAAUUUAAAUGGAGCAUUAUUAUUCAAUUGUAAAUGGAACAACUUAAAAAUCCAUUAAAUAAAUUAAUACAAUGGGCAUAAAAGUUCAGUCUCCUCAGUUUGUUUUUCUCCUGAUGGUACUAUGUUAGCAUCUGGAAGUGGCAAUAGUUAUAGCGAUAACUGUAUUCGUUUAUGGAAUGUUAAAACAGGAUAAUAAAAAGCAAAAUUAGAUGGCCAUACUAAUUGUGUUUUGUCAGUCUGUUUCUCUCCUGAUGGGAAUGCAUUAGCUUCUUGUAGUAGAGAUAAGUCAAUCCGUUUAUGGGAUGUUAAAACAAGAAAAAAAAUUGCCAUAAUAGAUGGUCAUACUAGUAUUGCCAAUUAAGUGUGUUUUUCUCCUGAUGGUAAUACAUUAGCAUCUGGUAGUGAUGAUAACUCUAUCCGUUUGUGGGAUGUAAAAACACAAUAAUAAAAAGCCUAAUUAGAUGGUCAUACUAGCGAUGUUAGUUCAAUCAGUAUUUCUCCUGAUGGAAAUACAUUAGCAUCCGGUGGCUUUAGAUAAAUUCGUUUAUGGGAUAUAAAAACAGGGUAAUAAAAAUCGUAAUUAUAUUGCUAUAAUGGCAUUGUCUUAUCAAUCUGUUUCUCUCCUGAUGGAAAUACAUUAGCAUCUUGUGGCGUUAGUCGUUAUGGAAAUGGUGAUAUGGAUAUACGUUUAUGGGAUGUCAAAACAGGCUAAUAAAAAGCCUAAUUAGAUGGUCGUACUAGCAAAGUCUGCUCAGUUUGUAUUUCUCCCGAUGGAAAUACAUUAGCAUCUGGUGGUAAUAGAGAAAUUUGGCUAUGGGAUAUAAAAACAGGAUAAUAAAAAGCCAGAUUAUAUGGUCAUUCUAGUACUGUCUAUUAAGUCUGUUUCUCUCCUGAUGGUAAUAAAUUAGCAUCUAGUAGUAAUGAUAAAUCUAUCCGUUUAUGGGAUGUCAAAACAAACUAUUAAACAACCGAAUUAGAUGGUCAUACUAACGAAGUCUACUCAGUUUUUUUCUCACCUGAUGGAAAUACAUUAGCUUCAUGUAGUUGCGAUAAGUCUAUUCGUCUUUGGGAUGUCAAAACAGGAUAAUAAAAAGCCAAAUUAAAUGGUCAUACUAGUUUUGUCUACUCAGUGUGUAUCUCACCUGAUGGAAAUACAUUAGCUUCAUGUAGUUGCGAUAAGUCUAUUCGUCUUUGGGAUGUCAAAACAGGAUAAUAAAAAGCUAAAUUAGAUGGUCAUACUGGUAAUGUCUACUCAGUUUGUUUCUCUCAUGAUGGUAAUACAUUAGCUUCUGGUAGUGAUGAUAAGUCUAUCCGUUUAUGGGAUGUCAAAACAGGAUAAUAAAAAGCCAAAUUAGAUGGUCAUACUCAUUUUGUCUACUCAGUCUGUUUCUCUCUUGAUGGAAAUACAUUAGCUUCUGGUAGUAGUGAUUAGUAUAUCCGUCUAUGGGAUGUCAAAACAGGAUAAUAAAAAGCCAAAUUAGAUGGUCAUGAGCAUUAUGUUAGAUCAAUCUGUUUCUCUCCUGAUGGAAAUACAUUAGCUUCUGGUAGUGAUGAUAAGUCUAUCCGUUUAUGGGAUGUCAAAACAGGAUAAUAAAAAGCCAAAUUAGAUGGUCAUACUCAUUCAGUCUACUCAGUCUGCUUCUCUCCUGAUGGAAAUACAUUAGCUUCUGGUAGUAGUGAUUGUUCUAUCCGUCUCUGGGAUGUCAAAACAGGAUAAUAAAAAGCCAAAUUAGAUGGUCAUACUGGUAAUGUCUACUCAGUCUGUUUCUCUCCUGAUGGUAAUACAUUAGCUUCUGGUAGUAGUGAUUGUUCUAUCCGUCUAUGGGAUGGAAAGACAGAAUAAGAAAUCAAAUUCUCUGAUAAAAACUACAAUGAUAUUCUAGCUUAAUUUAAAGCACCUCUUUUUUAGAAUAAUCCUCUACCAUGUAUUUAUUAUAUUAUUGCUAUUUAGUCUCUAAUUAUUCAAUUCUUGUAAUAUCACAAGAAAUAAUAUUGGAAGCAUCAGGUACACUUAUCUUCUAAGGAGAAUUUAUCAACCAUCAAGGAAAAGAUUUAAAACAUUUAUUUAAAUCUAAAGGAAGUUGCUUUUUAGAAGACUUAAAGCAAAAAUGAA